UAGGUAUUUCUCCGCCUGAUGUUUUUGCCCUAUCCAGUUCUGUGCUGCCACAUAACAUUCUGAACGCUGCUUGUACGUCCCAAGCUCUUUCCCCUGUUCUCUCUGCUCUUCCUAACACCCUGUGGGCGGAUCAUAAGGACGAUGUGGGCUCUGUGAGCUGCUCUCCGUAUGAAGCUGUUAUUAAACACUCUACACCUGUUUAUGUUAAACAAUACCCUCUGUCUCCUAGUAAGCUCAAUGGUAUUGACAAUAUUCUAAAAUCUCUUUUGCAGCAAGGUGUCGUGGUUCCUUGUGUCAGCCCGUAUAACACCCCAGUGAACCCGGUCCCAAAACCGGAUGGCACAUGGCGCCUCACUCAAGACCUACGUAAAAUAAAUGAACUCAUCGUUCCCGUGGCUCCAGUGGUCCCUGACGUUCCUUCUCUUAUGUCUUCUAUUCCGUGUGACCAUGCUUAUUUCUCUGUGAUUGAUUUGUGCUCUGCCUUUUUCAGUGUUCCUGUGGGCCAUGAGACUCAGCCCCUGUUUGCUUUCACACACAGGGGAAGACAAUACACGUGGACGCGGUUGCCACAGGGUUUCAUUGACUCACCGGCGGUCUUCACUGCCGUAUUGCGGGACGCGCUGGCUGAUCUCUGUCUUCCCCGGGGCUCCACGGUGCUCCAGUACGCGGAUGAUCUCCUGGUAACGGCAGAGGAUCAAGACGCUUGUGCUGCCGCCACAUUGUCUCUCCUCACACUCCUGGCGCAGAAGGGUUUCAAGGUCUCCCGCACGAAGUUGCAGUUUUGCCUCACAACUGUUCGCUACUUGGGACAUGACCUCUCCCAGGGUUCCAGGAGGCUUAGCCCGGAAUGCGUUCAAGUCAUUAUGGACACUCAGGCUGCGGAGCUCUAUGCUUUGACUCGCGCGUGUAUUUUGGCUCAAGACACAGACAUUACUAUUUACACCGACUCACGCUACGCUUUCGGCGUGGCGCACGACUUCGGCCGCAUUUGGGCGUCUCGGGGGUUUACGACAGCCGACGGUAAGCCCAUUUCUCAUUCUUCACUUGUUACUGAUUUAAUCACCGCCUGUCUCCUUCCGUGCACGUUGGCCAUUGUUAAGACACGCGCGCACACAAGAGGGGACUCAUUUGAAGUAAAGGGCAAUUCAUUCGCUGAUCGACUCGCUAAAGCUGCAGCCGCAUCCGGUGUCCUGCCUCCAGGCUUUAAUUGCGCUUUAGUUUCUACUGAUCGCAUGGUUAGCGCUGUCUUACCUGACAUAGAUCUCAUUUCUAUCCAGGCCUCGGCCUCUGUGGCAGAUACGCAGUUCUGGGACGCCCAGGGCGCGACAGAGAAGAGUGGCGUUUUGCUUGACGCACAGGGCCGUCUUUGUUUACCUCGUCACUGUACUCCCUUUCUCGUCCGCGAGUUCCAUGGUCCCACUCAUCGCGGCCGAAGAGGGGUAGUGGAAGAUAUGAACAGAACAUUCUGCAUCAAUAAUUUGCACACAGACGCACACAACAUUCUGGACAAGUGUUUAACGUGCGCCCAGAAUAAUCUAUCUAAACCAGGCGCGGUACAUCAGCACCUUCCCAUACCCGACACGCCUUUCCAAGAAUGGCAGAUCGACUUCACUCACAUGCCAAAGCAGGGCCCGUUCAAAUACCUUUUGGUCAUGAUUGACAAAUUUUCACGGUGGAUUGAGGCUUUCCCGUGUAGCAAAGAGAACGCCCGAACAGCAGUGAACAAACUUACACAGGAAAUUAUCCCACGUUACGGUCUUCCGGUAGGAAUUGACUCUGAUAAGGGAACGCCGUUCACCUCUAAGGUAACGCAGGAGCUAUGUAAAGACCUCAAGCUCAAUUGGCGUUUUCAUAUCCCAUACCAUCCACAGUCCUCUGGCAUUGUGGAGCGCGCGAAUAGAACGAUUAAGGGUAAGUUGCGUAAGGCUAUGCAAGACGCAGGCACGAAAAAUUGGGUCCAAGUUUUACCGUUGGUCCUCGCUGAUAUGCGCAUGACUGCUCAGGUCGCUCUCGACAAUUUAUCUCCGUACGAGCUCGUCAUGGGACGCCCCUUUCCUGUCCCUUGGCGUAGAGGCAUGCAGGUUAUAGGAACGGGUGAUCUUGAAGUACAUCUCAGCGAGUACGCGGUGGGUCUCAUGCGGGUGCUGGAUGAGUAUUGGGCGAGAGUAAAUUCCAAAAAGCCUCCCAUUCCAGAGGCACACACUCACCCCUUUGAGGUAGGGGACAGAGUUUUAGUAAAGAGAUUCGGUAAACUAAACGCUCCCAUGGAGGAGUCACCCUACAGUGGGCCCACCGAUGUACUCGCUGUAACUCGCACGGCUGUGCUAACGGACCUUUUUCCACAGUGGAUCCAUGCCAGCAGAAUAAAGAAGGCUCCAAUGUAAUAGAAAUCUAUAUUGUUGAUGCUUAACAGACUUUUGUGUUUCAGAAAGUUGCUGUGACAAUAGCUGACGGCCUUUUCAGGGAUCCCCUUCCAGCAUCUGGAGCAAUCCAGUUUCGGCUGAUCUACAAAGAGGGGAUGGUUGGUGAGUCUUGCAAAGUUCUGGGCUGAAGAGUCUGAAAAGCACGGGAGCCUGUGACAUUUUUCGCCGUCUGCACCCUGUGAGCAUUAGAGAACAAAGUCAGUGACCAGUAUGACUUUCUUCAUCAUCGUGCUGAUCUCAACGCUUGGGGCAGGGUUACCCGCACAAGCAAUACACCGGGACCCAAGGGAUAAUGAGUUUUAGAAAUAUGUAAACUUCACUGUAAAAAACAUCAAUGAAUAUGAGUAAACCCUGUUAUGUGUGUUCUUUGUUACCCCAUGACAGCAGCGCUCCUUUUCCGGUCCGAAUAGCCCCGUCUAACUACUCUAAGGUUAAUAUGACAUGGCUCAGCCUGUGGCCCGUUUCUUUUCCGUUGUUGCAUGGAUCGUAUAUAUAAUAUGAUGAUCUCGCACACAGGUUAUGUCCCUGUGUCGGCCAAGACUGGGGUGUGAAUAAUACUCUGGGCUUGCGUCAGAGUAUUAAAGAGGGGAUUGUAAGAAUAUAAUCCUGAAUACUCCUAAACCUACUCUUGUAAAUGCGCGGCCCAAGGGUGACUGUCGUUUAGUGUAGCAGUUUAGGGUUUACUUUAGGCCAGCUACAAUACAGUACGUGCUGCUCUGUACAUUUUGCAUUUCCACAUGUUCUGUUCCCGUUUCAUAUCUUGAUUUUGUCUAUGUUUUUGUGUGAAACAUUCUGUUGAACUGUGCAUAACUCUUGUGUGACCUUGAUACUGAGUGUGCAAAGCACAUUCCGUAACUUUCCACUGCUGAUACUCCC